AUGGGCGAUAUUCAAAGGGGCACCUGCAAGUGGUUUGACUCAAAGAAGGGCUUUGGAUUUAUUACUUCUGAAGAUGGAACGGAUCUCUUCGUUCACCAGACGGAGAUAAAGGCCGACGGCUUCCGAAAUCUCUGUGAAGGAGAAGAGGUCGAGUUUCUUGUUCAGGCGAUUCUCGCCGAAUGUCACCUUCCUACGGUGGAGGCAGCCGGGGGGGUCGCGGAUAUAACGGCGGUGGGUACAGCGGAGGAGGCUAUGGAGGUGGUGGCGGCGGUUAUGGGGGUGGCGGGUACGGCGGUGGCUACGGCGGUAGCGGAAAUGGAUACGGAAACGGCGGCGGUUACGGCGGAAGUGGUAACAGCAACAGUUAUGGCGGAGGCGGGAGCGGCGGGGGAUAUGGAGGUGGCAGCAGUGGCGGUUACAAUGGUGGGGGCGGUGGCUACGGUGGCGGUGGCUAUGGCGGCGGUGGCUACGGAGGGAGUAACGGAGGUGGCCGAGGCUAUGGAGACAGCAGCAGCAGCCGAGGCGGAGGCGGACGCAUCGCAUCUUCGCCACAUAAGAAAUUCUGUCAGGUGCCGGGUGAUCCCAUUUGAAUUCGGGAACGAAAGUGUAUCAUUGGACAUAAGGAUUGACAUCAUCAGAGGUAUAGUUGUUGCCACAUGA